CCUCCUAUCCGUCUUCCUGACUUCCUCAUCAUGGCAGCAGUGCAGGCAGACCCCGCCCUACAUGAACCCAUGUACUUGUUCCUCUCCAUGUUGUCUGUCACUGAGGUGGGUGUUUCUGUGUCUAAACUGCCCAGUGUCAUGGGCAUUCUCUGGUUUGAUGCCCGCCAGAUUGACUUUGAUGGCUGCCUGUCCCAGAUGUUCUUCAUUCAUACCUUCUCUUGCAUGGAGUCAGGGGUCCUGUUGGCCAUGAGUUAUGACCGCUUUGUAGCCAUCUACAAUCCACUACGCUAUAUAGCCAUCCUGACCCCACCCCAUAUCAUCUCCAUGGGACUGGGCAUUUCACUGAAGAGUGUGACACUCAUGGCCCCUCUUCCAAUCCUUUUGAGGCAACUACCCUAUUGCCACAUUAAUGUCCUCUCCCACUCCUACUGCCUCCACUCAGACCUGAUCCAGCUGCCUUGUGCUGAUACUAAGCUCAAUAGCAUCCUGGGUUUGGCCAUUGUCCUGGCCACUUUUGGACUAGACUCACUGCUCAUCAUGGUCUCUUAUAUCCUGAUUCUUCACACAGUGCUGGGCAUCGCUUCUAGGGAGGGACGGCAGAAGGCUCUCAAUACAUGUGUGUCACACAUCUAUGCAGUGCUUGUGUACUAUGUGCCUAUGAUUGGUGUCUCUGUGAUGCAUCGCGCUGCCAAGCAUGCCUCACCUCUGGUUCACACGCUCAUGUCUAGCAUCUACCUCUUUGUGCCUCCUGUGCUCAACCCCAUCAUCUACAGCGUCAAGACAAAGCCAAUCCAACAGGGAAUUGCCACACUGUUUUCUUGCAAGAGACAAUUGCUCUAA